ACUUAGUUUAGUGAUAUUAAGCUAUUUCAGGUUAUUGCACAUCAUCACAUGGAGUCCAACCGCAAGCGCAGAGGGUUCAUGAAGGGCAAGUUGAUGCCAUUCUACCGGUCGCCCAAGCCUUCUUCACCAAACCUGCAGUAUACCAGCAGCAAGGUCAUUAAGCCCAGUCAGUCUUCUCCUUCAACUCCUUCUGUGGGGUUUUUCGUCCACCAGGACUAUAUCAUUGCUCCACCAAAGCAGAAUAAGGUCUCUUUCAUAAUACCACCAGCACCUGACAGCAAUCGAGAUAAGUUGACCCCGUUCGAUAAGGUAUAUGGAGUCCCUGGUGAUGAAAGUGUGGAUAUCAAGGCUGCUUCUUACAUCUCUUCUGUUCAAGAACGUUUCAAGCUUGAACGAAGCAACUCGGAAAGAAUCAAGCAUGAAAAUUUUCAGUAAAAUCAAGAUAAUUAAUUAAUAUUUAACUUAUAUCCUGCUACGUAUGCGAAUCAGGAUCGAUUAAUAAAGAAAUAUAUAGUUCAGGGUCUAUAGCUGGGCUAAUGCGUUUGUACUGCUUAAUGAAGUUAAUUAUUGAGGUUGGUCAGAAAUAUUUUACCUUAAU